UUGUAGAAAAACAAGGAUACUAAUGGUCGGACAUUUUACGUUUCUUUUGUAAGAGGGACUGCAAGUUUGACAUCAUGAGUUCGCUCAAAUUACAGAAGAGGCUAGCAGCCUCUGUUAUGCGAUGUGGUAAAAAGAAGGUUUGGUUGGAUCCUAAUGAAAUCAAUGAAAUUGCAAAUACCAACUCUCGUCAGAAUAUUCGUAAAUUAAUCAAAGAUGGUUUAAUCAUCAAAAAGCCUGUCGCUGUUCAUUCAAGAGCUAGAGUACGAAAAAAUACAGAAGCCAGACGCAAGGGUCGUCAUUGUGGUUUUGGUAAACGGAAAGGUACGGCGAAUGCUCGUACUCCACAAAAAAAUCUGUGGAUUCAACGUAUGAGAGUUCUUCGUCGUUUACUUAAAAAAUAUCGUGAAACAAAAAAAAUUGACCGACAUCUCUACCAUUCAUUAUAUAUGAAAGCAAAAGGUAAUGUGUUCAAAAACAAGAGAGUUCUGAUGGAAUUCAUCCAUAAAAAGAAAGCGGAGAAAGCUAGAGCCGAAAUGUUAUCUGACCAAGCGGAGGCCCGUAGGACAAAGGUUCGUGAAGCUCGUAAGCGCAGAGCAGAACGUAUUGCUACCAAAAAGCAAGAAUUAUUACAAUCGUACCAACGCGAGGAUGAGGCUGCAGCAGCGCAGAAAAAAUAAGCGAAGACUUAAGUUUUAUUAUAUAAAAUAAAUAAUAAAAAAACUA